AUGGAUGUCAGGCACGCCCCAGACCAGCAUGACAGCGGCAUCAAUGAGCAGCUUCUGGCCAUCAACAAGGUGCUUCACAGCGAGCUGCUGCGGCAUCGUCUGCGAGCAGAUUCUUUCGAAAAGUGCAGUCGGUGGCGUCUUUCCUUCAGCUGUGACAAGGAGAAGCUCUCGUCAGCCUUUGACCGUCUUCUGGAGCUGAGUAUUGCGCACGCGUGCGGGAUCGUGGCCACUCGGGUUGUGGUUCUUAGCUCCGGAAGCAGCACCGGCGAGGUGGAUUUCACAAUUACGGAGGACCCAACGGCUGCAUCCCCUUCGGAUGUGAUCGAGGAGUUGCGCGAUCAGUUGGGCGAUGCAUUGUCUCCCUUCCGCACCGGCGCCUUCGCGAAAUUCGCCUCCUGCGUCUUGCAACUCAGCGGAGUGCUGCCUUCGCAGCACUGCUUGUGGGCGCCGGAUCCAGCGGCUCCUUUGGCAGAGGUUCUCGAUCCAGUGGCAGAAGGCUUGGGCAAACUGAACGAGCUGACGGAAUCAGUGGCCCACCCAGACGAAGAAGAGGAGGACGAGGACGUCGCGAAGCGUCCCGAGUACUGGGGCUUGCGUGUCAGAGAUUUGUCCGAGUUCAACACCUCGAUUCACGAUGAUCUUGUCGCAUACUGCCAAGACCACCAUGUGCAUUUCGAGAACGGACACUGCCUCCACCUGUGCAAGCAUGGGGCUAAUUGCCCCUGGGGUGAUCAUGAGGGAGUUCUGCAUGACAAGACUCGCGAUGCAUCCCGAAUGCCCGGAACGCCGCUGCUUCCGAACAUGCAUGCGGUUGUGUCCCGGUAUGUCAAGCCUCAGACUCGGCCGAAGGGAACAUCUUGGGCUGCGAUGAAGCUGCUGGGACUACUAUCGUUUAUUGUCAUUAUCAUUCUUCCUCUUGUUAUUAACAUUAUUACGAUUAUUCUUAUUCCUAACACUUGUGAAUUAUUAUGA